AUGAGAGCAGGUUCGCCCUACAAGUCGCUGGCUGAGCUGCCCAAGGGCUCCAUAGUGGGAACCUCUUCUGUUCGCCGUUCUGCACAGCUCCUCAAGAACUAUCCUCAUCUCCAGUUCAAGUCGGUGAGAGGGAAUAUUCACACAAGACUACGCAAAUUGGACGAUGCCGACUCGGACUACUCAUGUCUCAUUCUGGCAGCAGCAGGCCUGAUCCGUGUAGAUCUCGGUCAUCGCAUCACCGAAUGCUUAAACGCUGACACGAUGUACCAUGCGGUUGGCCAGGGAGCUCUUGGAGUUGAAAUCAGAAAGAACGAUCCAAUUGUCUCCAAGAUCUGCCAGGUGCUGAGGGACGAGGAGUCCACCGUCUGCUGUCUUGCUGAGAGGUCUUUGCUGAGAUUUUUGGAGGGCGGGUGUUCUGUGCCGGUUGGAGUUUCCAAUUCGUUUGAUGUGGAAAGAAGAACCCUCAAUAUGACGGCCAUAGUGCUAAGUCCUGACGGGAAACAGUAUGUGGAUUCUGUGCUUAAUAGAGUUGUUGCAAACGACGCCGAUGCAGAGAGGUUCGGCGAGGAGUUGGGCAACAUGCUGAUACAAAAAGGAGCCAAGAAGAUCCUAGACGAGAUAAACUACGACAAGAUCCAGGAGGUGAAGUCGCACGGGCUAAAGAACGACGAUCAGAAAAUAGCAUGA